GACCUGUGUUGUGAAAGGAAAGGCCUGACUUGUAACAGUGUUGAUGUUGUUAGCACAGCCCCUGCUGUGUUCAUCUCCCAGCUCCUCUUCUUUACCUCACUCUCUGGUGGCUGUCUGUGGGUGUCAGACCCUAAUACCACAGCCUUGGGAGGAUAGACUUUCUGGCUGAGGGGUGUGCUAUUACACAGCCAGCUUAAGCCAUCUCAUGGUAAGGAAGCACAGGCUGGGGUAUCUACUACAAUAGUGUUGCCAGUGCCUAGGCCUUUCGUUGCUCAAGAUCCCGCUGUAUCCGUCACCUAGAUCGGAUCUGCUGUCUUUAAUUCAUCAGCCAGUGUUAACUAAGCCGCCAGUAAAGGUGGCACGCCAGUCUUGUUACGAAGCGUCCCGUUGUAUUACGUAAGACGUUGCUUGUGGAUUCUCCCUGUGGCUGUGAGCGUUACAAACACCACACGAGCAGGUGUUGUUAGUGACAAAACCAUGGUGGUCGUGUUGUGUCCUGUCUCCGUGUGAUCGUGUGAUCGAGUGUUUCAUUUCACAGCUGAGCGGGAGUUACCUACUCCGUGUUGUACCGAUUGGUCUUUAGACCUGUCUUGUGCGGCACGUAACAAGAGGCCUAACUCACCUGGCACCCCGGCUAAAGUUAAGGACACAUCCUGACUGUCAGGGGAGAGAAUGUGUGCUGUGUUUACCGGGUGACGCGUCAGAAAGGACAGCACUUCCUAUACUGUCUGUGAUUUCCAUACUGGACUUGAUUCUGACCCCUAAUCUGGCUGUAACUCCUUGUCUAAGAAAGUGGGCUUCAAGCAUUUCCACCCUGGAUUAUCUUGUAAUGAGAAACUGAAAGAUUGAGUGAGAUCCCAUGUGCUGUGUGUACUGAUUGAGCGUGCCAUUGGUCAUUUAUUCGCUGCCUGCUGGGUACCGCCCGCGCCGUACGCACGAGGACAGGACCUGCGAUUACACUGACCUGACUGACUAGUGCUUAAUCUCGCCUCGCUCGCUGUGACCCCAGGCCAAAGGUCAAGGCUGCGUCGGGUUGCCCCCUCCCCUGGUGGUGAAAGGUCAAGGCUGCGUGGGCAUGGUGUAGUGAUAACCUGGCUAUUAACAAGUGCUGAGCGGCCAGACGGACGGACAAACAAACAGACGUCGCCAUGUCAGAUAACAGUGACUGCAGUAGUGAGGAGAAGUACAUGAAUGGUGUCAAAGGUGAUGAUAUAUGCCGGGACUAUCUGCGCAAUGUGUGCAAACGAGGGAAGCGGUGCAAAUACCGCCACCCGGACUCCUCCGAAGCAAAGGAGUUAGGUCGGCGUCAGGAGUAUACUUUCUGUCACGAUUUUCAGAACACGGGAUGUCGCCGUGCGAACUGUAAGUUCCUACAUUGCACUCGGGAGGAGGAAGACCAUCACAAGCAGACUGGACAGCUGCCAGUGCGGCUACAGCAAGCCGCUGCUUUAGGUAUCGGGGUCACCCCUAAGGAACUCCCACUGCUCCGGGGAGAAGUGCCCAUUUGCAAAGACUAUCUCAAUGGGGAAUGCAAACGUGGUGCAAAAUGCAAAUUCCGGCAUGUGUCUGGUGUGGAGUACGAGUUUGAGGUACGAAAGUCUGACCACACGCCGUUGAGUCGGACUCGCACCCAGUCUAAACUGUACGAUCCUUACGAAGAUGAGUUUGAACGCUUUGAGCGAUUCGAAUAUGAGCACACGCCGCUAAAGCGAAGACGGUCGGAGUUUGAGUAUGAGAGCCGCUAUUCUCGUCCCCUCAGUUAUCAGUUGCUGGAAGACGAGAACACAAUGCUGCGGCGGAAAGUGGACGAGCUGAAAAAGCAGGUGGCAGAUCUGACGGCCACAAACGAAGUUCUGCUGGAGCAGAAUGCCCGAUACAGAGUUAGCAAAUCUAAUGUGUUACAAAGUGUUCCUUCUGCCUCCCCUGUCAGCCAGCCAAUCUCUGUGAGCCAGCCGCUUACGACCGUAGUCACGCCUGCGCCUGCUGUCGCUGCGCCUGCCCCCGCGCCCGGCCCGCCGCCCUGUAACCACCUUAACACCAGCCUCACCCAGCAACUGGCCCUCAAAUGUGACAUGACCAAUCAGCAGAUAGCUCUGCAGCAGCGCAUCACUGCCUCCGGAGCGGGCAACAUGGCCACUGCGACCUUGACCCCCCAGGCCAUCGUGCCGGUGUCGCUCCCCCAGUCAAGCAUCUCCGUGUCCCUCUCUCAUGAGUCUCUACACCAGAGCUUGAAUACAGCGGCGAGCUUAGCGCAAAGUUUACCUCAAAGCUUGAGCAUGUCUGGGCCCAGCACGCCCCUGGUCUCCUACCCAAUUGUGUCACAAAGCAUGGGUACUGUGGUCCAUAGUAGCUUGGCUCACUGACGCAGGCAGUACUGUCCAUUUGGCAGAUACAGUGACCGUUAAGAUGAUACAGAGGUAGACACGCAAGAAGGAACGUUGCCAGAAGACAAAGGACAGUUUCUAAUUGGCGAUUUAUUUUGAUAACGUGUACCUUUCCGUGAGCUGAUCGCCUGAUGGAGCCAGAACUGUGUGUUUAAUGGUACUGUCUAGUAAACGGUCGGUGAAGGGCUUGGCCAAAUGUGCUAGGAGGCUGAAUUGGAUUAUUACUCCCCAAUCUAUCCCAGACACCCUCAACACUGUUGGUUGUGAAAAGAUUUCUGUUUGUUUAUCUCUGGGGAAUAUCUAAGAUAAUCCUGUUUGAUAAUUUGGAGCCCUGCCAUAGGCUUCAUGGGACAACAUCAGGUUUUCUGUAGUUCGACCCUCAUCCCCAAUGGCGUAUCUGUGAGUGGAACCUUCUUUAGAUAGUUACCCCGUGGCUGAAUUAGCUAGGCUACCUACACCCAUUCUGUUGAUCAGAAUUUAAGAAUGAGGCCUGAUAUAAAACACCCUGGGAAUACCGUGUACAAAAGUCUUCUCAGGACAUCUUUCUCACAACCAAUCCCAAAAGAGCACCUCACGGGACAAUCGUUUGCAGAAGUUCUCCUGGGACAGUUUUCUGAAAAAAACACCAUGAGGCUAAGCCCAGUAGAGAACACCAAGGUACUGAACUCUGCAGACUUCCUCUUAGGACAAGACUGUGCACGCACACUUCAGUAUGUGAUGAUGGAAACACCAUGAUGGUUUUUCGUCAUAGAAACACCAUGUUAUCAUUCUCUGAGGAUGGAGCUGUCACCUAGGGAAAGCUCUGUGUUAUACCACACUGGUCACUAGAAGACCUCACAAAGCAGGGAGGUUUCAUCCAAGGAAAAGUCUGUCAUGCGAGGGAAGUUCUCGUAGACACUCCUCCCAGUGGUCUGUCUGCUGUAUUUUCUUCAAAUGGACUGCCUGUAAGUCCUGCGAAUGGACAGCCUACAAAUCCUCCCAGGGAACUGCUUGCUACUGCUCCCAGUGGGCAGGUUACUACAGCGCCCAGUGGGCUGGUUUCUACUCCGACGCCUGGGCUGCACGCUAAUCCUCCCAGUGAGCUGCACGCCAAUCGUCUCAGUGGGCUGGUUUCUACUGCUCCGAAUGGGCUGCACGCUAAUCCUCCCAGUGAGCUGCACGCCAAUCGUCUCAGUGGGCUGGUUGCUACUCCUGGCAAUAAGUUAAUAUCAGCCGCAUGAUUUACGUAUCUGACGGUUGGUUUCCAGAGAUUUGACAAUAUGGUACCAUUUAACAUGCUGCUGGACAAAAAAGAAUGAGAGCACUGACUUAAACUUUAAUUUGAAGCAAAACAGUGUUGAUUUAAUCAAGGGCAUCCGCCCGAGGAUGAAGGUACCGACGUGUAGUAGUUUUUGUUUGAAGUCAACAGUAUUUUUGUGAAUAGAUGACUGGGCUGCUACUGUCAAAUAAAGGCAUUCUGUUCAUGGAAAAUACUAGGGGCACAAAAUGUUGAAAUUUUGACCAGCAAAUGAACACUGUAUACGGAAACAGGAUAUAUGAAAGAUUCUGAUAUAGGCUUGCGCCUAGAGUACUAAAACAGGAGACAUGUUCUAUUGGAUGAAGGUGCAGGUGUAUGGUGAAGUGUUUGGGGAUGAGAGGUGAUCUAGAAUUCUGAGGAUAGACAUUGUUUGUUUUGUGGAUAAAGGUAUAGAACUAAAGCCAUAUUGUGAAUUAUUCAGGGAGAGUAUGGAUUACCUUGACGAUCUCACUGUUUGCUGAGUGAAGCAUAAGUUGUAGGUACAACCAAAGUUAAGAAGUUGUGAUCUCUUAAUACCUGUAAUGGUAUGCUGGAGUCAGGGGACAUAAUAUAAGGUAGUGUGCACCCUGUGACAGAGCCAGCCAGCCAGCCAGUUAUAUUCCUGGAUUGAGUGUCGUAAGAGUGUCGGAAGAUGUUGGAGCGGAGUAGAUUCUUGGAACCUUGAGUCCUGUGGGAACCUGGUUGUGCGUUACCUACAUGUACAGUGUAGUCAGAAGAGUAGAGAUUCAUCCUUCAGAUUUCAGUUCUCUUCUAAGGAAGGAGGGCAAUGGAAUGGAACAUGAACAUGCGUUGUUAAUGAUUAAAAACGUUGUUUUAAAGGAUUAGAAACUUGACGUGCGCCAUGCAAGGAGCUUUUUGAGCUUACUGAGAAGAAUUGAGCCCUAGAAAAUAGUGUGUGGUUUUAAGGAUGUUUAAUGUUCACGUUUUCUUUUAAGGACGUUGAUGUUGAUAUGGACAAAGUUGGCGUCCCCCAUUCAGUUUUACACCAUGCAAAAUGUUAUAUUGGUAUCAGGAUAAAUUAUUUUCCUCAAUGCAGAAAGUGAUAACGUGUGUUAUAUUAUACAUUGACGUACUUCAAGACGUGACCUUGAGGUUAAAGUAUGACCUUGUCAUUAAUAUUCCGGCUUACUCGUUAACCCCUGCUACAAUAAUUUUAUCUAAAGACGGCUGAAUCUGAAUGUGCGCCAAAAAACAAUACAAAAAGGCCCGUGUCUGAAAUAAAAUACCAAAGUAAGUAUGUGUUAUCCGAUUAACUGAAACAAGUUGGCCGAAAUCAAGCGAGAAUCUUGUGCAAACCAGAAUGAAUGCAAAUGGUAGACAAAAUGUCACAGGUAAGAGAGGUGAAAUAAUACAUUAAAAGGCGUUUAUCUCCAUUGAUUACAGAUAGACCUUCUUCUCCUGACUGGCGUAUAGUACUCAUUUUAAGACACAUCUCAACGGUUUAGUACUUAUACUAGCACACCUGUACGUACGUUACUGCUUAACUACUUGAUUCUCUCGGCUAACGGAUCGCUUUCAUGCGUCAAUCCUUCCGGAUUAGACGACGAUUGUGAUUGUUUGUUGUUUUUUGGGGUUUUUUUUUCAAAAUUAAUGUCUAGUUUUCAUUAUUUUGUCUUGUUUAAUGCUUUUAAGUUUAUGCUUAACUUCAGUCUAAUUCACUGCUUGCUUGCAGAGUUAGUUUCCAUGAUUCAACCUUUUUGACAUUGUACAUGUACAUUGAAAAUACAUGUCAUAUUGGGUAGAA